UACAUUUGCAGAGAGAGAAUAGGCCAUUGAAGCAUAAACUUGGGACCAGUUUUUCAUCUUUUUAUCGUCACAUUUUACACUUCUAUUCCCUUUACUUUGUUCAAGAAAUUGUUCUCUUAGCUAUCUACAAAGUUCUUUCCCUCUUUCUGUUUAUAUAGUUUAACAUUUUCUUGAAGUAAUUACACUAUUACAGCUCUUUUCCAUAUCUUCCCCUGAAUUCAUGUUCAUGUCUUCUUCAUUUCACUAUUAGCAGAAAACAAAGAGAGAGAUAAGGAAUGGCAGCAAAGCUAGAUGAACCGGCGCCACACCCGCCUAAAGAUCAGCUUCCAAAUGUUGCAUACUGCAUCACCAGCCCUCCUCCAUGGCCUGAGGCUAUCCUUCUUGGUUUUCAACAUUAUUUGGUGGUGCUUGGCACGACUGUCCUCAUACCCACUGCAUUGGUUCCUCAAAUGGGAGGAGGAAACGAGGAGAAAGCAAAAGUCAUUCAAACUCUGCUGUUUGUUGCUGGGCUCAACACCCUCCUGCAAACAUGGUUUGGAACUCGGUUACCUGCUGUAAUCGGAGGCUCAUACACCUUCGUCGCGCCCACAAUCUCAAUCAUCCUAUCUGGUAGAUGGGAUGAUCCAGAUCCUAUCAUGAGGUUCAAAAAAAUAAUGAGAGCUACACAAGGCGCGCUUAUUGUUGCCUCGACCAUUCAGAUAGUGAUCGGAUUCAGUGGUCUCUGGCGUAACGUUGUGAGGUUUCUUAGUCCAAUUUCAGUUGUUCCUUUGGUUGCUCUUUCUGGUUUUGGGCUCUAUGAACUCGGUUUUCCCGGGGUUGCCAAAUGUAUUGAAAUCGGGUUGCCUGAGCUCAUUCUUUUGGUUUUCUGUGGUCAGUAUCUACCACAACUGAUUAAACCAGGAAAGCAUAUAUUCGAACGCUUUGCAGUUCUUAUUACUGUGUCAAUUGUGUGGAUUUACGCACACAUUCUCACGGUUGGUGGUGCCUACGACGGGGCAUCACCAAAGACUCAAGCAAGCUGUAGAACUGAUCAUUCUGGACUCAUCAAUGCUGCUCCAUGGAUAAGAGUCCCGUAUCCCUUUCAAUGGGGAGCACCAUCAUUUGAUGCUGGUGAAUGCUUCGCUAUGAUGAUGGCUGCAUUCGUUGCUCUUGUUGAGGCCACCGGUGGCUUCAUUGGCCUGUCUAGAUAUGCUAGUGCAACCCCAUUGCCACCGUCCAUUCUCAGCCGAGGCAUAGGCUGGCAGGGCGUUGCUACCUUGCUGUCUGGUCUAUUUGGAACCGGAAACGGAUCAUCAGUAUCCAUUGAAAAUGCAGGCCUUAUAGCUGCGACUCGCGUUGGCAGUCGAAGGACGGUGCAGAUAUCUGCUGGAUUCAUGCUUUUCUUCUCUGUUCUAGGCAAAUUUGGAGCAGUUUUUGCUUCAAUCCCAAUGCCUAUUGUGGCUGCUUUCUACUGUGUCUUCUUUGGCUAUUUAGGUGUUGGUGGCCUAGCUUUCCUCCAAUUCUGCCAGCUAAACAGCUUCAGAAACAAGUUCAUAUUAGCAGUUCCCACUUUUCUAGGCUUGUCUGUGGCUCAAUACUUCAAUGAGUACACGGCUAUCAAAGGAUACGGUCCCACACACACGUCGGGGAGAUGGUUCAACGACAUGGUGAACGUGCCCUUCGCCUCCAAGGUGUUUGUGGCGGGCGUGCUGGCUUUCCUCUUCGACAACACGUUAGACAAGAAGGAUCCCCAGAUAAAGAAGGACAGAGGCAAGCAUUGGUGGGUUAAGUUCAAGGAUUUCAAGACUGAUAAUAGGAGUGAGGAGUUCUAUGCCCUUCCUUUCAAUCUCAACAAAUAUUUCCCAUCUGUUUGAGUAAUCUAUUGCUUAUUGGUGAAGCUUUUUAACCAUUGUUUGUUUUGAAAUGUUUCAUUUUGGUGUGUGAAAAUAGAGGGUAUAAAUAGCCUGUCCCAUUUUCUUGUUGUUGCCUGUGAACUUAAUUUGCUCAUUGAGCUUUGAUUUCAUUAAUAAUCACUAUAAGUUUUCAUUA